CUUCUCACCAUCGUAUCGUACUCAAGUCAAAAUGACCUCCCGCGACGGCUUCCACUGGACAGCAGAAACCGGCCUUGCCCAAGGCGUCCCCUCCAUCGGUGUCAUCUCACCACCUACAAACAUCACAUCGACUGAGCAGCCAUGGGAUGUUAUUGUCGUUGGCGGAGGAUACUCCGGUCUGACUGCCUCUCGUGAUGCAGCACUCGCUGGUCUCCGCGUCCUUCUCAUUGAAGCUCGCGACCGUAUCGGUGGCCGCUCCUGGUCGUCCAACAUCGGUGGCUAUCCAUUCGAAAUGGGCGGUACCUGGGUCCACUGGGGCCAGCCUCAUGUGUGGCGAGAAAUCUCCCGAUACCAGAUGCGGAAUGAGCUGGAGUCGUCGUUUGAUUUCUCCAGGGGAGUGAACCAUUUCCAACUGCGGACGGGUCAUGGGGAUCAGACGAUGAGCCAUGAUGAGGAGGACGCCCUUCUUGCCGGUGCGUUGGACAAGUUCGUCAAUGUCGACGGAGCAAAGGGCAGGAAUAUCAUGCCGUACGCACAUGAUACAUUCCACGUUGCUGAAGCGCAUCAGUACGACAAGAUGUCUGUUCAGGAUCGACUGAAUGCUAUUUCCGCUUCGUUGACUCCGAAUGAGCGAGCGGUGUUGGAAGCCUUCACUCUCCUCUGCAGCUGUGGGACACUGGAAACCACCAGCUUCCUUGAAUUUCUGCAUUGGUGGGCUUUGUGUGGAUAUACCUAUCAAGGCUGUCUGGAUGCAUUAAUCACGUACAAAUUCAAGGGCGGACAGUCCAGCUUUGCGAUUCGGUUCUUCAAAGAAGCGCUGUCUACCGGCAAUCUAUCCUACGCAUUCAACAGUCCUGUCAAAGCCAUCAACGAUCAGGGAGGUAAAGUGACUCUGACUACUCGAGAUGGACGCGAAUAUACCGCCGCCAGACUCAUCUCGACCAUCCCAUUGAAUGUCUUGAAUACCAUCACAUUCAAUCCUCCCCUCGACGCCCAACGCACCACAGCAAUGAAUAUCGGCCACGUCAACCAGUGCGUCAAAGUCCACGCCGAAGUCUCCAACAAAGACAUGCGUUCCUGGACCGGAAUUUCCUACCCCUUUAACAAACUCGUCUACGCCAUCGGUGACGGAACCACCCCAGUAGGAAACACGCACAUCGUCUGCUUCGGCGGCUACUUUAACCACAUCCACCCAGAGGAAGACGUCAACAAGACCAAGAAGGCUGUUGAGAAUCUAGCGCCGGGAAAUAUGGAUAUCAAGAGACUGGUCUUUCAUAACUGGUGCAAAGAUGAGUUUGCUAAAGGGGCGUGGUUCUUCUCGCCUCCGGGCCUUUUGUCGAGUUCGUUGGAGACGCUGAGAUCUGCGCAUGGGAAUGUGUACUUUGCAAAUUCGGAUUGGGCAGUGGGAUGGCGUAGCUUUAUUGAUGGGGCGAUUGAGGAGGGGACGAGAGCUGCUAUGGCUGUUAAGGAGGACUUGAGGCCGAAGAGUUCUAUUCGUUCGAAUUUGUAGAUAAUUUAUAGGAUUGUGUCCUUUGUCAAUCACAUAUCAUAUUUCAGACCCAAUAAUAUGGAAUAUCAGAG